AUGUAUGUGCCGAACAAGCUCGCUACGAGUCCCGGCAUUCUCGUAGGGAUUCAUUACUGUGGCGGAUCAGCUCAAGCCUUCUACAACGGCUCGCCAUACCAAACUUUGGCUGAACAGUACGGAUUCAUCGACGUCAGUUCCAAGGCUAUACUUACCCACAAUGGAGGUGGUGAUAGCAAUGCGAUCGCUGACAUGGUGACUUGGGCCAUUAACAAACACAAUGUCGAUACAAGCAAAUGUUUUGUUACUGGCACGUCCUCGGGCGCCAUGAUGACGAACGUUAUGGCUGCCACCUAUCCUGAAUUGUUCAAAGCCGCUAUUGUCUAUUCCGGAGUGCCUACCGGAUGCUUUGUCUCUACCCGAGAAACUACAACGAAACAAUCAAGGAGUGGUCCAGAGUUUUCGGACACCACUUUACCAAGCCAAUUCACACAGAGCUAA